AUGUCUACUUCAGUUCCACCGCAGCGGGCCGCGGAGAACAAAGGGCCGACCGCCAUCGACAUCGUCGUCUCCGUCUCGGUCCUAAGCACCCUCUUCACGGCAGCAAGACUUUUCGUUAGGGGAAAGAUUCUGGGAAAAUUCCAUCUGGAUGAUUAUCUGAUCGUUGCAUCCGUACUGUGUGGUUGGAUCAAUGUCGGGACCGCCAUCGCCGCUGUCUCGUACGGCAACGGGCGACACUUUGACGUGCUGACUCUCGAGCAGAAGUCCGGCGCCAUUCUCUGGACCAUCGCCGGCUUCGCUCCCGGUGUCAUGUCGUUCGGCCUCCCCAAGAUCGCCGUCGUCGCUCUGCUUACCCGGAUCAUGAACCCCAGCAGAUGGCAUGCUUUAUUCCUGUGGUGUCUAUCCAUCUUCUGCCUUGUCAACCUGUUAGGGUGUGUCAUCAUCCUCUUUGCUCAAUGCCAGCCAUCGCACUCGCAAUGGGACUUUUCUGUUGAGAAGACGUGCUGGGACAAGUGGAUCUUGGUUUACUUCGCCAUUUACUCUGGAGACAUCUACCUUGCUGUAUACCCUGCCGUGGUGCUUGCACGGUUGCAGACGCGCACGAGGAAGAAAGUAGCGUUGAGCAUUGCGCUCGGCAUCGGAUCAGUCUCCGCAAUCGUUGCCAUCUACAAGUUUACCCGAUUACUGAGUCUUGCGAGCCCUGACUUUUCUUAUGAAACUUCAGACCUGGUUAUAUGGACAAUCGUCGAGGGUAGCACGAUGAUCAUCGCCGCCUGCAUCCCCGUCCUCCAACCCCUCGGCGAGCUCAUCUUCGGCAAACGCAUGUUCAGCUCCGGCGGUGGACGAUAUACAUACGAGAACUACGGUUCGGGACCCGGCAGCCGAGCGCAAUCCGACAUCGAGAUGUCUCGCUCCCGCGACGCCAGGAAGCGAGCUGCUGCAAGACAACGAGCCGAAGCGGCCGUUUUCAAUGACGCCACCACCACCACGAUCACGGGGAAGGGGAGCCAAGAGAGCAUUCUCGGGCGGGAGACCUCAGGAGGCAAGAUUAUAAGGACGGACGUCUUCAGUGUCAAGAUCGAGCCGAGCACGUAA